AUGAUUGAAUCUUAUCCACGAGAUGAUCAAUACAAGAUUCCAUUGAAUCUUAUUUCAGAUAUAUCUAUAUUAGAAAAUCAGGUGGCAGCAUUAUCAAUAAGACAAGCUGUUGAUGGGAUUAAUCAAUAUUUAAUAGAAUUUUCAACUAUUCAUGAAAUCAAUUUAUGUGAUCAUCAUCAAUUUCCUAUAUUAACAAAAGUUUUUGAUGGUAAAAUGAAAGAAUUACAAGAUAAAGGAUUUGGAAAAAUAAAAGGAUCUGCUGCUUUAAUUUGA